CUGAGGGCCUUUGCGGGCAGCAUGCGGCUGUACCUGCUGGCCUGCUGCGUGCUGUCGUGCGGCGCGCAGGGCCCGGCGGUGGAGUACGCGCUGGCCGAGGAGACGCCGCGGGGCGCGCCGCUGGGCAACGUGGCCCGCGACCUGGGGCUGGAGGCGUCGGCGCUGGCGGCGCGCAAGGCCCGCCUGGUGGGCGGCGUGGGCGGGCGCGAGUUCGUGCGGCUGGACGGGGCGACGGGGGCGCUGGCGGUGGGCGAGCCGGUGGACCGCGAGGAGGUGUGCGCGCUGCAGCCGGCCUGCGCGCUGAGCUACGAGCUGGUGCUGGAGGCGCCGCUGGAGCUGCACCCGCUGCGCGUGCGCGUCCUGGACGCCAACGACCACGCGCCCCGCUUCCCGCGCCCCGACUACCGCCUCGACGUGGCCGAGUUCCUGGCGGCCGGCGCCCGCUUCGCCCUGCCCAGCGCCCACGACCCGGACGAGGGCGCCAACGGCGUGCGCGGCUACGCCCUCAGCCCGGACCCCCACUUCGCCCUGGCCGUGCAGACGCGCGCCGACGGCUCCAGCUACCCGGAGCUGGUGCUGGAGCGGCCGCUGGACCGCGAGCGGCAGGCCGCCCACCGCCUGGCCCUCACCGCCCUCGACGGCGGCAGCCCGCCCCGCUCGGGCAGCGCCCAGCUGCUGGUGACGGUGCUGGACACCAACGACAACGCGCCCGCCUUCGAGCACUCCGUCUACCGGGCCCGCGUGCCGGAGGACGCCCCCCGCGGCGCGCCCGUGGCCCGCCUGCGCGCCGACGACCCCGACGAGGGCGCCAACGGCGAGGUGCGCUACGCCUUCAGCAACAGCACGCCGCCCGAGCUGCGCCGCCUCUUCCGCGUCGACGGGCGGAGCGGCGAGGUGCGCGUGGCCGGGCCCCUGGACGGGCGGGCGGCGGCGCCGCUGGAGCUCUUCGUCGAGGCCCGCGACGGGGGGCUCUUCGGCCUCUCCGGCCUGGCCAAGCUGCUGGUGGAGGUCGCCGACGUGAACAACCACGCGCCCGAGAUCGCGGUCACCUCCCUCUCCAGCCCCGUCCCCGAGGACGCCCCGCUGGGCACGGUGGUGGCCCUGCUGAGCGUCACCGACCGGGACCCCGGCGAGAACGGGCGCGUCGUCUGCCAGCUGCCCACCCAGCUGCCCUUCCAGCUGCGCUCCUCCUUCGACAGCUACUACACCCUGGUCACCAGCGGCCUGCUGGACCGCGAGCGGGUCGCCGAGUACAACCUCACCGUCACCGCCUCCGACCUGGGCUCGCCGCCCAUGGCCAGCCAGAAGGCCCUGCGGCUGCAGAUCGCCGACGUGAACGACAACCCGCCCCGCUUCCUCACCCAGCGGCGCGAGGUGGAGGUGGCCGAGAACAACCCGCCCGGCCUCUCCCUCUUCCGCGUCUCCGCCGCCGACCCGGACCUGGGCGAGAACGGCCGCGUCUCCUACCGGCUGCGCGACAUCGACAUCCAGGGCAGCCCCCUCUCCUCCUACCUGGGCAUCGACGCCGAGGCCGGCACCGUCUACGCCAGGGGCCCCUUCGACUUCGAGCGCCUCCAGAGCUUCCACUUCCAGGUGGAGGCCCUGGACCACGGCUCGCCCGCCCUGGCCGCCGCCUUCCUGGUCAGCGUCGCCGUCCUGGACGAGAACGACAACCCCCCGCUCAUCCUCUACCCGGCGGCCUCCAGGAACGGCUCGGUGGCCCUGGAGGUGGUGCCCCGCCUGGCCGACGCCGACUACCUGGUCACCAAGGUGGUGGCCCACGACCCGGACAGCGGGCAGAACGCCUGGCUCUCCUACCACCUGCUGCAGGCCUCCGACGCCAGCCUCUUCCGCGUCUCCCCCGACGCCGGCGAGGUGCGGACGGCCCGCUCGCUGCGCUCCAGCGACGCCCUCAAGCACAAGGUGGUGGUCCUGGUGAAGGACCGGGGCGAGCCGCCCCUCUCCUCCUCCCUCACCCUGGGCGUCCUGCUGGCCGACGCCCUGCCCCAGGCCCUGCCGGACUUCGACGACAGCCUGGAGGCCCGCAGCGGCCAGCCCCUCUCCCGCCUCAACUUCUACCUGAUCAUCGCGCUGGGCUGCCUCUCCUGCGUCUUCCUGGGCUUCCUGCUGGUUCUCCUGACCCUCCGCCUCCUGCACUGCCGGCCGGGCCCGGCCCGCUGCUGCUCCUCCUGCUGCUCCUGCUGCCCCGACGACGAGUACGAGAAGUACCGCUACAACGUGCGCAUGCUGCCCGGCUCCCACUUCACCCCGGAGAUGGUCGAGAUCGCCGGCAUGGGCAAACUGACCCACACCUACCUGUACCGGGCGGCGCUGGGCGUGGGGCCCAGUAAUAACAACCUGGUGCCCAACGGAGACGCUGCCGGCAACCUGGCCAAAGGGGCCGGCUUGCUGCAAGUGCCCGCGCCCUGCAUCCAGGUGCAGAAGGUGAAGAGCGACCACUUUAAUGCCAUUCUGGUGCCAAAACCACCGAAUCCUGAUUGGCGUUAUUCUGCAUCUUUAAGAGCUGGAAUGCAAGGUGCUGGGCACAUGGAGGAGGCAGGAGGCUUACGAGGAGGACCUGGAGGGCCGGAGCAGCAGUGGCCAACAGUAUCCAGUGCAACAACAGAACCCGAGGCUGGCGAGGUGUCCCCCCCGGUGGGAGCUGGCGUGAACAGCAACAGCUGGACCUUUAAAUAUGGGCCUGGCAACCCCAAGCCGCCUGGUCCCGGUGAGUUGCCAGACAAAUUCAUUAUCCCAGGAUCUCCUGCCAUCAUCUCCAUCCGCCAGGAUCCACCAAACAGCCAAGCUGACAAAAGUGACUUCAUAACCUUUGGCAAGAAGGAGGAGACCAAGAAAAAGAAGAAAAAGAAGAAGGGAAACAAGGCUCAGGAGAAAAAAGAGAAGGGCCACAGCAGCACCGCUGACAACAGUGACCAGUGAGGGGUUUAUACGGAACAAUCUACUUAGCCAAUUUUUGUAAUCAUGGAAGAUCUCUCUCCUAUGUAGCAACUCCCAACUUCUUCCUACUGUUAACCAAUUUCCUGUAUGUGCAAGACUUCAAAACAAACCGCAGGGAAUUUCACAAUGUCUGUCUAGAUUGCUUAACAGGUUUUGUCUUGAAAGCUUUAUUCAGCCUGGUGUUAACACUUUUUCUCCACUCUGGCUUGUUUUCAGAAUCUAAAAAGCAGACACAAGUUUCUUUUCUCCUACGCCGAAAAGGAGACUCUUCACAAUACAGCCAGUGAGAGGUCGGACUCUUUGCAUUGUGGUUCCUGUGAUCCUGUCUUUGAUAACACUUAUUG